CCGAGCGGUGGCCGCGGAGCCAGCAGCGGGAGCGCUCGCCGAGCGGCCAGUCGGGAUCCCCGCGCCCGGCUCGCCCGCACCCGGCCCGGCCCGGCCCGCAGCGAGCAUGGGCGCGGCGGCCGUGCGCUGGCACUUGUGCGUGCUGCUCGCCCUGGGCGCGCGUGGGCAGCUGGCGGCGGGCAGCGGGCUCCCAGGGGACGUCGACGUGGACGAGUGCUCGGAGGGUACGGACGAGUGCCACAUCGAUGCCAUCUGCCAGAACACGCCCAAGUCCUACAGAUGCCUCUGCAAGCCAGGCUUCAAGGGGGAAGGCAGGAAGUGUGAAGACAUCGACGAGUGUGAGAACGACUCCUACAACGGGGGCUGCGUGCACGAGUGCAUCAACAUCCCGGGGAACUACCGGUGCACCUGCUUCGACGGCUUCAUGCUGGCGCACGACGGACACAACUGUCUGGAUGUGGACGAGUGUCAGGACAACAAUGGCGGCUGCCAGCAGAUCUGUGUCAAUGCCCUGGGCAGCUACGAGUGUCAGUGCCACAGCGGCUUCUUCCUCAGUGACAACCAGCACACCUGCAUCCACCGCUCCAACGAGGGUAUGAACUGCAUGAACAAAGACCAUGGCUGUGCCCACAUCUGCCGGGAGACACCCAAAGGUGGGGUGGCCUGCGACUGCAGGCCCGGCUUUGACCUUGCCCAAAACCAGAAGGACUGCACACUGACCUGUAACUAUGGAAACGGAGGCUGCCAGCACAGCUGUGAGGACACAGACACAGGCCCCAUGUGUGGCUGCCACCAGAAGUAUGCCCUCCACUCGGAUGGUCGGACGUGCAUCGAGAAGGAUGAGGCUGCAAUUGAGCGCUCUCAGUUCAAUGCCACGUCAGUAGCUGAUGUGGACAAGCGGGUGAAACGGCGGCUCCUCAUGGAGACAUGUGCCGUCAACAAUGGAGGCUGUGACCGGACGUGCAAGGACACGGCCACAGGCGUGCGGUGCAGCUGCCCCGUGGGAUUCACCCUGCAGCCCGACGGGAAAACGUGCAAAGACAUCAACGAGUGCCUGGCCAACAACGGGGGCUGCGACCACUCCUGCCGCAACACCGUGGGCAGCUUCGAGUGCGGCUGCCGCAAGGGCUACAAGCUGCUGACCGACGAGCGGACAUGCCAAGACGUUGACGAGUGCUCCUUCGCGCGGACCUGCGACCACAUCUGUGUCAACUCCCCAGGCAGCUUCCAGUGUGUGUGCCACCGCGGCUACACGCUCUACGGGACAACCCACUGCGGAGACGUGGACGAGUGCAGCAUGAGCAACGGGAGCUGCGACCAGGGCUGCGUCAACACCAAGGGCAGCUUCGAGUGCGUCUGCCCCCCAGGGAGGCGACUCCACUGGAACCGGAAGGACUGCGUGGACACAGGCAGGUGCCUUUCUCCGGCCAAGGCCUUCCCCCGGGCCCAGCUGUGGUGCAGCAAGACGGGCGGGGUGGAGAGCUGCUCCCUCGCCUGCCCGGCCCACACGCACUUUGUGCCAGACUCAGAAAACAGCUACAGUCUGAGCUGCGGGGUCCCCAGCCUCCAGGGCAGGACGCCGCAGAAGCGCAACGGCACCAGCUCCAGCACCGGGCCCAGCUGCGCAGGUGCCCCCGCCACCCCCAUCAGGCAGAAGGCGCGCUUCAAGAUCCGAGAUGCCAAGUGCCACCUCCGGCCCCGCAGCCGGGAGCCAGUCAAGGAGGCCCCAAGGCAGCUGCUGCUGGAAAACAGCCACGUGACCUUUGUGACCCUCAAGUGUGACUCCUCCAAGAAGAGGCGCCGUGGCCGGAAGUCCCCAUCCAAGGAGGUGACCCACAUCACAGCAGAGCUUGAGGUGGAGACAAAGGAAGAGGCCUCAGACACCUGCGAGGCGGACUGCGUGCGGAGGCGGGCAGAGCAGAGCGUGCAGGCUGCCAUCAGGACCCUGCGGAAGGCCGUCAGCCGGCAGCUCUUCUCCAUCCAGGUCGCGGGCACCGAGUACGAGGUGGCCCAACAGCCAGCCAAGGCCCCGGAGGGCCAGGGCACAUGCAGCACAGGCCAGACGCUGCAGGACAGCACAUGCGUGGCCUGCGAGCCCGGCUCCUACUUCAGCGGGGAUCCCGGCCAGUGUGUGCCGUGCGCGCCGGGCACCUACCAGGAUGGGGAAGGCCAGCUCAGCUGCACUCCGUGCCCCAGCAGCGACGGGCUCGGCCUGGCUGGUGCCCGCAACGUAUCUGAAUGUGGAGGCCAGUGCUCUCCCGGCUCCUUCUCCGCCGACGGCUUCAGGCCCUGCCAGGCCUGCCCCGUGGGCACGUACCAGCCGGAGCCCGGGCGCACCAGCUGCUUCCCCUGCGGCGGGGGACUGCUCACCAAGCACGAGGGCAUGGCCUCCUUCCAAGACUGCGAGGCCAAAGUGCACUGCUCCCCCGGCCACCACUACAACACCACCUCCCACCGCUGCAUCCGCUGCCCCAUUGGCACCUACCAGCCCGAGUUUGGCCAGAACCACUGCAUCACCUGCCCAGGCAACACCAGCACUGACUUCGAUGGCUCCACCAACGUCACGCACUGCAAAAACCAGCACUGCGGCGGGGAGCUCGGCGACUACAUGGGCUACAUCGAGUCCCCCAACUACCCCGGCGACUACCCGGCCAACGCAGAGUGCGUGUGGUACAUCUCCCCGCCCCCCAAGCGCAGGAUCCUCAUCGUGGUCCCCGAGAUCUUCCUGCCCGCUGAGGACGAGUGCGGCGACGCCCUGGUCAUGCGCAAGAGCGCCUCGCCCACAUCUAUCACCACCUACGAGACCUGCCAGACCUACGAGAGGCCCAUCGCCUUCACCUCCCGCUCCCGGAAGCUCUGGAUCCAGUUCAGAUCCAACGAAGGCAACAGCGGCAAAGGCUUCCAGGUGCCCUAUGUCACCUAUGACGAGGACUACCAGCAGUUGAUAGAAGACAUCGUUCGAGACGGACGGCUCUACGCCUCGGAGAAUCACCAGGAGAUUUUGAAGGACAAGAAGCUGAUCAAGGCGCUCUUCGACGUGCUGGCGCACCCCCAGAACUACUUCAAGUACACGGCCCAGGAGUCCAAAGAGAUGUUCCCACGCUCCUUCAUCAAACUGCUGCGCUCCAAGGUGUCCCGGUUCCUGCGGCCCUACAAAUAACGCCCGUGCACCCGCCGCUCCUGCCGGCAGCGUCCCCAGGGGGUGAGGGAGGGCCCGCCCCCAGCAGAAGCUAAGAGGCGCCAGGGCCCCCGUGUGGCCGUGGGGCUGCCCUUCAGGAAGCGCUGACCAGCCCGUGGAGGGCGAGACCAGCACAGGCAGAGCCCGGCCCAGCCACCGCUCCCAGCGCUGCCCCCGGGAAGCAUUGCUUACAGCAGCCUUUCUCCUUCGCUCCCUCCCUCCGCCUGCUGUUUCCAGGACACGCCCGCUCCUGGGCCAGGCCCUCUGCCCAUGCCCAGGCCACGCAGGCGGUCCUGGCAGAGCACGAUGGGGAGACUGCAGGUGCCCCUCGAGUGACACCGAGUUUCCAGGAGGCUCUGGGAGGGGUAACGGGAGAACUGAGCCAGGCCCUGGAGAGAAGGGCGUGAGGGCGGCUGCAGGGCUUGGAUGAGCCGGAAGAUGCCCACAGGGUGUCCACACCAUAGGCCCCUCGGCCACAGGCCCAGGACCGGCUGCCCUGUGGUUAGCUCUACGGAUUCUGGCGGGACAGAAGGACUGCCCGGGAGGAACCUGUAGAUGUGUGCUUUUCCUCAGUAGAGCGUCUGAGUAUUAUAUAUGUAUAAAUAUAAAUACAGAUAUAUAGAGA